UUGACAAGUCGUAUUGCAUGCAUAUUGCAAUAGAAUUUCUUUCUUACUUACCGUGUUUUUUGCAAUUUUUGUAUAAACGUAUGAAUGGUGGUGUUAUUUACUACUCACUUGACGACAGUAAAAUGCGACAAGAAGUAUAGCUUGUGUGUGUAGUUACUUUGCUGUAAAGUUCGAGAGGUGGUGCAGGUGAGAAAAGUUUGGCAUACAUACCUCAAGUAGGUAGAUCUUCUAUUAUAUUCUAAAAUAUACAUAGAAUAAUGAGUCAACAAACAAGAAUGACUAGUUUUUUCCAAAUCCAAUCAAAGACGCUGCCUGUCGAAUCAAACGGGUGCGUGAAUAACAAGAUGAAUAAAAGGCGUAGUUUGAGUUUGAAGAAGCCAACAACUCCAAGCACUUCAUCUACUCAGAUAACUGAGGCACCGCAGCCUCCGAAAAAGGAGGAAACUGCAGUAAGUCAAGAGGACACUAUAAUUUUAUCAAGUGACAGUGAGGAGGAAGCAACUCCAGUGAAGAGGCCAUUCAAAGGAAUAUCUGUGAGAAGCAUAGAGUCACUGACAGCAGAUGCGACACCAUCUUCCAACUCACUCACUCCGGAGUCUCCCAACUCCAGUUCUGUAGAACCUGAGGCAUCAGACUCAUCAUCAACUACAUUUGUAUAUAACUUGUCUCCUGGAGAUGUGCUUAGUCCACCACCCAGUACUCCCAAAGCAAAGCGUCCCAACCCAAGUCCAGGAUCAAGUAAGAAAUACUUUUCACCAACUAAAAAGAAGCUUUCUACAGUAAGAACUCCAGUUAAACGAAAUUUGACUAAUGCAUUUGGGGACUCUGCUCUUACCUCGAGUCCUACAGACAAUUUUCAAACAAACCAAGUGGAUGAUAAAACUUCCUUUCUCCUGUCUAUUGUUGAGAAGUAUCUGAAGUCUGAUACUCUAAGAUCAUUCCUGGCAGAAGAAUCACAAGUUCUCCUAGAGAAAUAUACAAUAAUACCAAACCUUGGGAAGGAUCUGAUUUGCCGUUUGUACUGGCGCACCACUACUUGGUACCGCCUGGAUGAUCUUUUCGAAAUAGUAAAUAAGAAAAAAGAAGUAAAGAUAAGCAGUCCGGAUAAGUUAAAUUUGCUUUCCAGCUUGGAAAAUUAUGGUCUCCUCACCGUAGCUGGAACUGAAGGUGAUUCAAACAUGGAUUUCGAUGACUAUGUGAAACUUUUGAAGAGACAAGAAGUUUUAAAAAUAGCCAAAGAGCUAAAACUAAAGAUUCAGAGUAAACAGAAUGCUAUUGAAGCUCUGAGGAGUUACUGUAAACACAAACCUAUCAGUAACUUCAUAACAGGAAUAAAAGUGAAAGAUAAUAGCAGCAGAGUUUUAGAUAUCUUAAAAAAAGAAACAGGUCGCUGUUACAAGCUGUCCCAGUUGGCACAAGAUACCUUCUACAAACUGUAUGUGUUAAUGUACUUGGGCAUUGACUACAGCAUCAUAAGAGAUCGGCAACUGGAACUGGUGCUGGUAUACGACAAAAUUCAAAGGGAUCCCUAUCCGAUUGAUAAGAAUAUGGUUGUUGAUGAUGCGAGCUGUGUGUUCCAAGAUAAAGAAGAAUUUGACAGGUACUUCGAAGCACAUAUGUUGUACGAGAGUUAUUUGAAGGAAUCUUCAGACAAGUGUGAAAUAACAAAACUAGCUCACGCCUUGUACAAGGGACUGGGAGAGGAGCUUAUGAAACGGUACAAAUCACUACCACCAUGGCUACGUAGAUUUACACCUCCAGAUCUCUACAUCAAAAUAAUGGCUGCUGGAGUUGAAGAACUGAAGAAAUCCAAAACUGAGGAGCAUUAUACGCUAGCAGUGGAGGUACUGGACACUAUACUCGGACAGAUCGCGUUCAGGCAACACAAGAGACAUGAGUGGUACUCGGAGAAGGCUCUUAUACUACACACCCAUUUGGAUAGCUAUGAAAGGGCUGCAGAGACAUUACUGGAAGCAUUGAAUUCAGAUAUGUCUGAGCAUAUGAAAGACGCGUUACGUCCUCGCGCGCUGAAGCUCGCCACCCAACGCAAUAUAGACUUGAAGGAAACAUUGAGACAUAAAUUACAGAAGCAUGCAGACAAACAAACUGUAUUUGAGAAAAAUCUGCCAGGAAACCAUAUAUACAAGCAACCUGUGGAUAAUACCAAUCAGAGGGGCAAGCUACAGUUCGAGCUGCGCAAUUCAGAAGGUCGAGGCAGAGAGUCUGCUGAGAACUACUGCAUUACUCAUUAUCUUAAUGAUGGAGAAUACACCAAAGGGGAGCACUGGGAAGGUCGUAUAGUGACGACGAUAUACACUGCGUUAUUCUGGGACAUCAUCUACAGCAAGCCGUGUGGUUUGACCGGCAUCUUCAUGAACCACUACCAGCGGUACCCACUCGAUAUGUUCUCAAACCACUUCUAUACCAACCGCAAGACUUUGAUCGACGAGAGACUGACUUUCAUACAGGAGUGUAAUGAUGAACAAUUGGUGGCUUUCUUGCAAACCCAGUGGGAUAAACGGCCUGAAACUGUGGUAUCAGACAUGCUGCGUACGAUUGGACGGGCGACCAUUUGUGAGGUGGUGUUCUGUCUGCGCCCGCGCGGGGUCGCGGACAUAUGUCGCCGUCUGGCACUCGACUACGGGUACUCGCGGAGUGGCUUCCCCGAUGUUACUCUUUGGAACAUAUCUACUAGAAAGAUAAAGUUCCUCGAAGUGAAGACUGAUGCAGACAAGCCGUCAAUGAAGCAGUUACAUUGGCUGAAGUACCUGAAAGACCAUGGGAUUGAUGCUGGCUUCUGUUACAUAGGAGUCAAUACCACUCGGUGCAAAGCUAGAUCUUCUGCAUCCAACUAGUACCGAGUUAACGUAAGAGGUUUAUUAACCCUUUAACCGCCGCAGUUGUAUAUAAGCAACUAUAAAAUAUUAAGUUGCUUAUAUACACCCGCCGCAGUUGUAUGUAAGCAACUAUAAAAUAUUAAGUUGCUUAUAUACAACUGCGGCGGUUAAAGGGUUAAACGGCUACGGCUUUUUGAGACUGGUUAUGAAUUUUAUAAGUAAUAGAGAUAUGUAAAGAUAUUGUUACUCCAACUAAUCGAUAUAUUUUUAAACUUAAGUUUUCGUACUGUUCGUUAAUUCGUUUAGAGAAAUUAUGAUUAUGCUACAUAUAUGACCCAAACAAUUAUGAUGUAGCUAAAUAAUUCUAUACAUCAUUAAUACAAAUGUAUCAUUAUGCGUUUUGAAUUUGAGUAGUUGUCAUCAUACCUAUACAGGGUUGUAAACUGAACGCUCUCGAAAAACGCUACAUUUUUUUUUUGUGUUUUAAUAAUCGUUUUUGUUUUCGUGUUUUUCAUGCAAGAUCAG